AUGAGCCUUUUAGAGGAGCGCUACGCUCCGCCGUCGCAGCGCGGCGUGCUCUACUUUAAUACCAUCCCGCGCGACAUGCGACCGCAGGAGAUUCGACUGCACUUCAAUCGUUACGGGGAAAUUCGUCGCAUGAAGUUCAUUCCCUUCCCGAAGAAGGCGCGCCGCCCGGGCGGACCGCUUCUCCCGUUGCAGUACAAGGAGGGCUGGAUGGAGUUCACCUCUGCUAGCGAUGCGCAACAUGCGGCUCAGUGCAUGAAUGGUCAGCCGAUCGACGUGAAGCGGCAGCGUCGGUGCUACGGUCAGCUGUGGACAGUGCGCUUCAUGGACGGGUUCACGUGGGACUCGCUGUUGGAGGAGGCGGAGGGGAAGCGGCGUGCUCGGCGUGCGGCCGAGGUGGAGGCGCGCAGAGCAGAGCGGUCGAUGAACGAGGCAUAUCGGCGGAUGGUGAUACAGGCGGAGCAGCAGCGGAAGGCGAAGCGGCGCCCUCGCGAGAAAGUGGAGGCGGCCAGCGACAGCGGCACCGGUGCACAAGGCGAUGCGUCAAACCCAUCCGUCGCUACAGACAGUGGAGCUUCAUGUGUUCGCGGCGGUACAUGUCGUAGUGUUGCAGCUAAGUCUUACACGAAGCCGAAGGCGCAUUCGGCGAAAAAGUCCGAGCUCGACCCCACGAAGAAGCUUAAGAGGCGUCGGGACGUGUAG